AAUGAAAUGUAAGAGCAUUAAAUUAAAGAGAAAAUAACGAUGAUGAUGGUGAGGUGGUCAUUGGCCAGACCCAAUAAUUUUGUCUUGUGUAUCGCAACACGUACUCUAACCAGAACUAUCUGCUGUUCGAGCCCUCCUCGCAUCGCCAUUGCACUUCCGGGAGGUGUAAACAAGUUUGGCGAUAAAAUUAAACAUUAUUCCCGUGCGAUGACUACUUGUUCACUGUUAACUGGUAAGGAAGAUGAUUUUGGAGGUGUUAUUGUUCGAUUUACAAACCAAAUGGAAUCUAAUGUGUUCGCUUCCUUGCUUAGAGCUUCCAUGGCUCAAUGGAAACUACAGGGGAAGAAAGGUGUUUGGCUUGAGAUCCCUAUUGAAUGUGUGAAUCUUGUUGAAGCUGCUGUCAAGGAAGGAUUUUAUUAUCACCAUGCGGAGCCAAAGUACUUGAUGCUUGUACACUGGAUUCCUGAAACUAAUAGUACACUGCCUGCAAAUGCUACUCACAGAGUGGGCAUUGGUGCUUUUGUGUUGAAUAAAGAAGGACAGGUGCUUGUAGUUCAAGAAAAGAGUGGAAAAUUCCGUGGGACUGGUAUCUGGAAGUUUCCCACAGGGGUCGUGGAGCAGGGUGAGGAUAUAUGUGAUGCAGCUGUCAGGGAAGUAAAAGAAGAGACUGGGAUUAUUACAGAAUUCAAAGAGAUACUUGCAUUCAGGCAAAGCCACAAGGCAUUUUUUCAGAAAUCAGAUCUGUUCUUUGUCUGUAUGUUGGAACCACUUUCCUUUGACAUCCAAAAGCAGGACUUGGAGAUUGAGGCAGCUGAGUGGAUGCCAUUUGAGGAAUAUGCGGCUCAACCUUACGUUGAAAAACAUGAGCUACUAAAGUAUCUUGUUGAUAUUUGUUUAGCAAAGAAAGAGAGGAAGUAUACUGGAUUUACCCCAGUUCCCACAACUUCAACCUUUUCAUCGGAAAAACACUUCUUGUACUUGAAUGGGAGAGACUUGAGCAGCCUCUAGGAUGUGGUCUUCUACAUUAAACCCUUUCCGGUUAAUCCAUAUUGCGCUUGGUAUAUAAUUUUACUGCUUAUUUAUAUGAUAGAACAAAAUAAAAAACAGAGCAGCCAAUAUCACAUUUCCUUUAGUAACAAAUGAACCCAUUGUAGUAGUUUAUUUAUUGGUUUAUUGGGACAAAACUCAGCCUAGUCAAGCUAUUGAACUCAACUAUGUAGGGUGUUAAAAUCUAUCUCUAAGUGGUUGCAUGGAAUUCUUAAGAUCUCUUGUGCUGCUUGUAAUUAGUGUUUUGAUUGUAGAUAAAUACUUAUUGGAAGUAAGGUCACAAAGACCAUAUUUCAUUUUCU